CCCCUUCGCUUCUGUUCAUCCCUCUCUGCUCUUCUCUCUCUCUCUCUCUCUCUCUAGCAAAUCCAAGUUUCUUUCCCAAUAUUCUCUUUUUCUUUUAUUUUGCUUUUGGGCUUGCUGGGCAUUCAGAAGGUUGAAGGAAGAAGAAAAAGGGAGGGAAAAGCAGAACAUGCAGCAGGCUAUAAGAGGUAGGGGCGGUGGUGGAUCAUCUACAGGAAGCUCCGCCAAUGGUUCAAUGUCAACAGUGUCCAAGGUAGAGAAUGGUGUUUGUGGUGGUGGCCUCACCGAGCAGGACUACAUUGGCAUCUCUGAGGUCUCUUCCUAUCCUUGUUCUGGUCUGCUGAACCAGAAGAAGAGCCAGGAAGGUGGGAUGGGGUUGGAGGAGACGGAGCUCAAUCUGGGGUUGAGCUUGAACAGCAUGAAUGAGAGGAGGGUUGAUGAAGAUGACAUGUAUCAGAGGAGGAAUGGCAGCAGCAGCGGAGGGAGGAGGAUCGGGAGGAUAUUGACUGCCAAAGAUUUCACUAACUUGGUUUCGUCGAUGGUUCAGACGGGGACUAAGAGGGUGCACAAUGAAUCUGCAGAUGCUGAUUCUGUUCAAGAAGUGACAUCUCAUCCAAGCAGCAAUCAGGUAGUGGGUUGGCCUCCCAUCAGAACUUACAGGAUGAACAGUCUGGUAAACCAAUGCAGAGUUCCAGCUGAGGAAGAUGCUGAGAACAACAUUAAUUGUGACAGCUAUGGUGAGAUGACUAAAAAUAAGAGUAGGCAGGAGAAAGCUGGCCAACGGCAGAACAAGUCCAUGUUCGUUAAAGUUAACAUGGACGGAGUUCCCAUCGGAAGGAAGGUGGAUCUGAAGAAUCAUGCUUCCUAUGAAUCUCUGGCCCAUGCAUUGGAGGAGAUGUUUAAGAGGCCUACCGCCAAUGCUCCAGCCAUGGGGAGGGAGCAUGGGUUGAUGGUUGAUAUCAAGUCUUCAAAGCUCCUGGAUGGUAACUCUGAAUUUGUCCUUACUUAUGAAGACAAGGAAGGGGAUUGGAUGUUGGUUGGAGAUGUUCCAUGGGGUAUGUUCUUGAGCACUGUGAGAAGGCUCAGAAUUAUGAGGACUUCUGAAGUCAAUGGGCUUGGGACAAGAUUCCAGGACAGGGUUAAUGGGCAGAGAAGUAAACCAGUUUACUAGUGGGUUUUCUGUUUCACAUAGGGAUAGCAGUGAAAAAGAACAGGGGAAGAAGUGAAAAGGAACCGCUCGUUCUGUGGAGGAUGGCAGACUGGCAGUAAAAAGAAAAAUGGAGGAACAAGUAGAGGAUCAUGUCAUUUUGUCAUAUUUAGUGUCCAUAACUUACAACCUAUUUGUUUGACAGUUCUCUCUCCUUGGUGGCUCUCAUAGUUUCCUACUCGAAAUUCCAGUUUUUGGGUUUCCACAGACGGAUACUCACAAGCCUGCAAGUUCAGUUCCUCCAUCUCACUUGUUUAGUGGUGUUUCUUCUCUCUUGCCUCCUCCCUCUCUUUUGGUUUGUUAUCAUGUAGUUUCACAUAAUUGGUAUGAAAGAAUAUAAUGCUUUGUAAUAUUAGUGUUUCUUACUCAUCUGGUUAGACCUUUUCAACUCCUGUAAUUUUCUAGAACAAAGUUACGCGAAUUGCUGAAGCCAUAAAAGAAAUGAUGUUAAAUGUUUCGUUGUUAU